AUGACAGUUGUGAAGGCCAACUCCGUUGGGGAUCAUAGUCACCGACUAAUCGAAUUCCAGUUAAAACUUCCAAGAACAGGGCCCUCUGUGCUCCAGCUGGGAAAGCUAUCGAUGUAUCAUCUGUUUGCCCGAGGAAAAGGCGCAUUAAGGGUGAUAGGUGGGUACAGCCCUUCCCGAGGCGUCCUACUUUUCCUUCCCACCCCCGGAGCGGUUGAAAGAGUGCUGAUGAAGGCCCCGUCGAACCGUUGCACAUCUUUAACUCCACUUUACUACCGCAAACUUGUGCACAGUUUCUCAUCUUACAUGGCUUUAUCGGAUGGCGUCCUUCUUCAAUGA